CCACGAAAAGGGGCUGACUUUAGGACUGCGGAAAGAAAUGGCUCUGCUGUUGCCCUARCCAUCACCUAUUGCGGAUCCUAUCCCUCGAGCGACUUGGCCAAUCAGUGCGUAUCAGCGACACAUGAACGGUGAUUUCCACGGAAUGGCUCGCGGAACAAAGAAGCCGCCCGUCGCGAAUUCCCGUAUGGGUAGAUAGAGAGAAUUCGCCGAUAAAACAGCACAGAAGAGUUACGUUAGUAAGGCUUGGUGAAAUAAAAUGAUUAUCUUCGACGCAAAAUAGAAAAAAGUCCGUUUUUUUAUGCUCAAGGAGAGAACUUGGCGUCGUGAGGGCUUUGUCGAUCGCGAGGCGAGGCUUUUGGCUACAUUGUUACAUUGGAACUUGCGAGUUUCCUCUGACAGUGGACUGAGUGUCUCUGUGAGCGUCUCUCAACCUGGGACGACUGCUCUUCUGGCCACAGCGUCCAUGAGGUAACGGCGGGAAGCCCCAUACCACCCUCGCUCCGCCCUCCAUCCCCCUCUCCCUCCAUCCCCCUCUGCAGCGAUGGGUCAGAAGAUCUCAGGCAGCAUCAAGUCAGUGGACGCACGGGGUGAGCCUUCAUACCGGCCGGUCCGCCGUGAGCUGCGGGGUCCAGACUUCUGCCGGCCUCCUCGUCUGGACCUGCUUCUGGACAUGCCCCCUGCGACCUCUGACCUGCAGCUCCACCACGCCUGGAACCCCGAAGACCGCUCGCUCAACGUCUUUGUCAAGGAGGAUGACAAGCUGACCUUCCACCGCCACCCGGUGGCCCAGAGCACCGACUGCAUCCGCGGCCAGGUGGGCUACACACGGGGGCUCCAUGUCUGGCGGAUCCACUGGCCKGCGAGACAACGAGGAACACACGCUGUUGUAGGGGUGGGCACGGCUGACGCUCUUCUACACUCUGUGGGUUACACAGCCCUGGUGGGUUCGGACUGUGAGUCGUGGGGUUGGGACUUGGGCCGGAACAGACUCUACCACGACAGUAAGAACCGGCCGGCCUCCACCUCGGCACCAACAUACCCGUGUUUCCUGGAGGCAGACGAGUCGUUUGUUCUGCCAGAUGCCCUGCUGGUGGUGCUGGACAUAGACGAGGGCACGCUCAGCUUCAUGGUGGACGGCCAGUACCUGGGCGUGGCCUUCAGAGGGUUAAAGGGCAAGAGGCUGUACCCCAUCGUCAGCGCCGUGUGGGGACACUGUGAGGUCUCCAUCCGCUACGUUAAUGGACUGGAUCCGGAGCCCCUCCCCCUGAUGGACCUGUGCAGGCGAGUGGCCAGGCUGGCUCUGGGGCGGGACCGACUCAACCAGAUAGACACCCUCCCUCUGCCAGASACCCUCAAGAACUACCUCCAGUACCAGUGACCUCACAGACUCACCAGGACAAUGAUUGACUGACUGCUUGACGGCAGCUACAUUUCACUACAGUCAACCCACAAACAUGUAACCCUGAACCAUUGGACAUCUACUGAGGAUAAUGAUGAUGGUCUGGAGGAAGCCUAUGAAGGAGUUCUGAGUUUCUUUUUAGGAUUUGUCUGUUUUUAAUUUGUUUUUUUWAAAUUUGCUCACUGCUAUGAUGGACAAAGGGAGGAUUAACGAAAGGAGGGGGAUGGGCUUGAGACUGGACUGUAGCAGAAGUGUUGAGCUAUGAUGCUGGCUUCUCAUUGGGUAUAUGGGUCAAUAGUGCUUCUAGAAUAUGUGCCUGGAGGAAGAGGGUGUUUGGUGAUGAUGCAUAUAGACAUCAUACAUAGUUACUGUACAUCUAUACAGAUUCUCUGGAAGGCUCUCAGAACAUCUAGAUAUUUAUAUUUAGACCCUAUAGCAGGCUCCACUGAGACUCACCAGCCCCUAGCCACAGGGAGGGAGUUAGAAGAUGGAAAACACACAGGCAGGCAAACAUCCUUGAAUGCAUGCAUAUGCAAACACUCACUCAUACUCAGAGGGGCUGUUUUCAGUGUGAGUGGUGAGGUUUUAUGCAUGUGUGGGUUGGUGUGUGUUGGCCUUGCUCCGCAACAGGCACCCCGAGGCAUCAGUCAGACCCACUCUGACCCCACUGAGUUUGGGGACACUGCAGCCCUGAUAUUUGUUAGUGCCCUGCUGCACUACACCUCCCUCUCAACUGGCAGUCUCUCUUUAUUUAUCAGWGGGUUUCAUUGGAUCCAGGCUUCCAUUAGGUCUCUGUCUGGGUGAGUGACUGGGUCUGUGUCCAAAAUGGCACCCUAUUCCCUACAUAGUGCACUACGUUUGAUCAGGAGUGCACUAUGUCGGGAUAGGGUGCCGUUGUGGACAUUCCCUGGGAUGUUGUCAGUCAGGGUGUGUUAAAGCUGAUUGAAGUUGAUCAGAGGGCCAAUCCGCUAUUACUGUUUGUGCCUGCGCAGAGAAAGCACACGACACCUCUGUUACAGGAGACUGUUUUAAAACAAUGUAUUUGCUGCUUUGUUUUUUUCCACUCCUGUUCUUAUCCCGAUGGUGAUAUUCCUCUUUUAAACAGUUCUCUUUUUAUGAAUGAGGCUUUUGUUUAUUUCUGAUUUGUUUUUGUUUUCUAUUUUAUUAAGAUCUACUUGCUGAACAGGAAGUGACCCGGUUGAGACAGGAAGUCUCGCUGAGAGACUGAUCGAGGAAUGUGCUGCAAUGAGCAUCUUUUUAAAUGUGAAUUAAAAAAAACUGAACCCAA